UCUUAAGAUUCCUCAUUUGUAUUCUCCAUUUUCCAAAUACUCUCGAUAAAGCCGCCGGCCGUCAUCUCCGGUUGCUUUGCUACUUUCCGGUGACCUCUUUCCGAUCUCCUCUCAGUUUCAGUUGGCAGUUGAAUAGAAAAUGGCUGACGGUGAGGAUAUUCAGCCCCUUGUUUGUGACAAUGGAACUGGAAUGGUGAAGGCUGGAUUUGCUGGGGAUGAUGCUCCUAGAGCUGUCUUUCCUAGUAUUGUGGGUCGUCCUCGCCACACUGGUGUUAUGGUUGGAAUGGGACAGAAAGAUGCCUAUGUGGGUGACGAAGCUCAAUCCAAGAGGGGUAUCUUGACCCUGAAGUACCCAAUUGAGCACGGUAUUGUCAGCAACUGGGAUGACAUGGAGAAGAUAUGGCAUCAUACCUUCUACAACGAGCUUCGUGUUGCCCCCGAGGAGCACCCUGUUCUUCUCACUGAAGCACCUCUCAACCCAAAGGCCAACAGAGAGAAAAUGACCCAGAUUAUGUUUGAGACAUUCAACGUUCCGGCUAUGUAUGUUGCUAUUCAGGCUGUCCUUUCCUUGUAUGCUAGUGGUCGUACAACUGGUAUUGUGUUGGAUUCUGGUGAUGGUGUGAGUCACACUGUCCCCAUCUAUGAGGGUUAUGCUUUGCCCCAUGCCAUUCUUCGUCUGGACCUUGCUGGCCGUGACCUAACUGAUAACCUGAUGAAGAUCCUCACCGAGAGAGGUUACAUGUUCACCACCACUGCUGAACGGGAAAUUGUCCGUGACAUGAAGGAGAAGCUUGCUUAUGUGGCUCUUGACUAUGAGCAGGAGCUUGACACUGCCAAGAGCAGCUCCUCCGUCGAGAAGAACUAUGAAUUGCCUGAUGGACAAGUUAUUACCAUUGGUGCUGAGAGGUUCCGUUGCCCAGAAGUCCUCUUCCAGCCAUCCAUGAUCGGAAUGGAAGCUGCAGGUAUCCAUGAGACUACCUACAACUCCAUUAUGAAGUGUGAUGUUGAUAUCAGGAAGGACCUCUAUGGUAACAUUGUGCUCAGUGGUGGCUCAACCAUGUUCCCCGGUAUUGCUGAUCGUAUGAGCAAGGAAAUCACCGCUUUGGCCCCUAGCAGCAUGAAGAUUAAGGUUGUUGCUCCACCGGAGAGAAAGUACAGUGUCUGGAUUGGAGGAUCCAUCCUCGCAUCCCUUAGCACAUUCCAGCAGAUGUGGAUUUCAAAGGGUGAGUACGAUGAGUCUGGUCCAUCCAUUGUCCACAGGAAGUGCUUCUAAGGUGCUGCUGCUGCUACUUUUACUUUGGUCGAGAUUUUCCUUUUUUGUUUUCCUGCUUUUGCUAUUAUGUCGACAGUGAACUCAGGUUUGCUGUCGUAGACGAGUCUUUGACGGUGGGGCUGUGAAAGAAGGGCGAUAAGACAACAUUGUACUGCUAAUAUUGUUUCAUGUUUACAGUGCAAUGUGGAUUAUAUCCUGAACACAUUGAGAGAGUUAAGCCUCUUUUGUCUGGAAAUAUCCCUUCUUGAACUUCUGUAUGCUUUUCUAGUAGGUUGUUGUUUGUAGUUGGGGAGAGGUUGUGAUGUUUUUCUUUGAAUCUUUUUUUUCAGUUUUCGUGUUUUGUUAUUCUAUGGUACUUUUCUUUCUUGGGAACAUAUGUCAAUAUUUAUUGAAUGAGAAGUUUUGGUAGUAUUUUCAGUUUUCGGAUA